UUGCCGCACAGAGCUGGGUAGUCCAUUAUAGCAAAGAUAGUUCUUUCUGAAACAUUCUGAAACGUCGUGACUGCAGUCUCAGGGGUCCAAACAGUCACACUGUGUCACACAGUAGUUUGAACAGCAUGGCGCCCUGUGAGCGAUGUGUUUGCCAAUUUUGUGGCAAAUCUCUCGGCCUUUUUGGCAUUGACGGAUUUGGAGUCUGGCGACGACGCCACGAAAAGCGGUGUCGUCAAAGACAGGAAGCUUCCCGAGGUGAUUGCAAUGCUCAGCACUGCCUUGUUCGAUCAGUUCUUCCGGCAGCGCAACCUCUGCAUCAUUCACCGGAGACAAACGAAGGAAAGAUCCGAAAGCUUCCAACCCUUCUGCAAGGCACCCAAGGUGCCCAAGGUGGAAUGCAGUCUCUAGCUGCUCAAAAUCAGAUUUAUUUAGAGAAUGUGUUGGACCGCAGGAAUGAGCAACUUAUCAAAGCCGUGUUGACCGAGUACUUGAAGCCGAGAAGGCACACCCAAUGGGUAGACAUUGUGGGCGAUUCGUCCACCGACAGCGGUUUUCCUCCAUGUCCAUUUCCUGUCCUUUUCGGUUUUGGCACAAGCGCUGAGAUUCUAUUCUUGCGAGCGGCUUGUCGCCAGACGUUUCAACCAUUGGAGGUUUUGGCAGAGCAGUUCGUAAAUGACCUCCCCGAAAACAAAUCAUUCGUUCUUGAGAUGGUCUGUGAUUUGAGUAUGAAACGCAACUUGGACUCCAUCGGUGAUCAGCACGUGUGGAAAUCCUGCAAGGGUCUUAUUUUUCUGCUUCGUCGGGCCGAUGUGCUGGGCCAAUGUCGCCCAGAUCUGAUGGAACGACUCUUGAAGGCUUUCGCUCUUUUGAGAUUGGACAAGGACUGGAAAGUGCAGAUCGCAGCAAAUGUGCUCGUCAUGACUGUCGAGAGCGUCAUGACGGUCAUGACACCAGAUCUUCCAGGCUGUGUCGAUGCUGAUGUCCCUGUUCAGGCCCUGAUGGCCUGAAGAAUCUCAGUCUCACAAAUUGAAGUGUUGCAUAGUGUUGCUAAAACAGCUCUGUCAUGGAUUGCAAA